ACAUGGCGGCCGGUGGAGAUGCUCGCUGCUGUUGUCGGAGUUAAACCGAUCUCUGCAAAGGUCUUAUAGCAGAGGAGCUUUGGUUUCGUGCAUUGCUUUUGGUUUUGUGCAUUGCAUUUUGUGGCGGAUUGCGGGGGGGUCAUCAUGAUUCACGAGCUGCUGCUGGGUCUCAGCGGAUACCCGGGCAGCAUCUUCACCUGGAACAAGCGCAGCGGCCUGCAGGUAUCUCAGGAUCUGCCUUUCCUUCAUCCUAGCGAGAGCAGUGUCUUAAAUCGAUUGUGCAAGUUAGGCACUGACUACAUCCGCUUUACAGAGUUUAUUGAACAGUAUACCGGCCAUGUUCAGCAGGAGUACAACCCUUCCCCGCAGGGCCAGACUGGGCUGCACGGAAUCUACCUUCGUGCCUUUUGUACCGGACUAGACUCGUUGCUGCAGCCCUACAGGCAAGCGUUGCUUGACUUGGAGCAGGAGUUCUUGGCAGACCCACACCUCUCCGUCUCUCAUGUCAACUACUCCUUGGAUCAAUUUCAGCUGCUGUUCCCAUCUGUUAUGGUGGUAGUUGAACAGAUCAAGUCUCAAAAGAUUCAUGGCUGCCAACUCCUGGAGACUGUUCACAAACACAGCUGUGGGGGACUUCCGCCAGUCCGCAGUGCAUUGGAGAAGAUCCUGGCAGUGUGUCAUGGUGUGAUGUACAAACAGCUAUCUGCGUGGAUGCUGCAUGGACUCUUAUUAGACAUGUACGAGGAGUUCUUUAUCAAGCAGGGGCCUUCCUCUGGGAAUGUUGGCACUCAGCCUGAGGAGGAAGAGGAGGAGGAUCUGGGAAUCCGAGGCUUGACUGGGAAGCAGCUCAAGGAGCUCCAGGAUCUGCGGUUAAUCGAAGAGGAGAACAUGUUGGCCACCUCCCUGAAGCAGUUUUCACUCCGAGCUGAGAUGCUGCCCUCAUACAUCCCAGUGAGGGUGGCAGAGAAGAUCCUGUUUGUGGGGGAGUCCGUGCAGAUGUUUGAGAAUCAGAACGUGAAUCACACUCGUGCAGGGUCCAUUUUGAAGAACCAGGAAGAUAUCUUUGCGGCAGAGCUUCACACGCUCAAACAGCAACCCCUUUUCAAUCUCGUGGAUUUUGAAAAUCUAAUUGACAGGAUCAGAAGUACGGUGGCUGAGCAUCUGUGGAAAUUGGUGGUUGAAGAGGCAGGACUGCUGGGCCAACUUAAGAUAAUCAAAGAUUUCUACCUGCUGGGUCGAGGUGAAUUAUUUCAGGCUUUCAUCGACAGUGCACAGCAUUUAUUAAAGACUCCACCAACAGCAGUCACUGAACAUGAUGUUAACGUCGCGUUCCAGAAAUCCGCACACAGAGUCCUGUUGGAUGACGACAAUCUUCUCCCGCUCCUGCACCUCACUGUUGAGUACCAUGGGAAAAACCCCAAAGAUUCAACACAGAGUCGUGAUGCAUCAUCUUCCCCUCGUGAAGCCCCGACGUCUGGCUGGUCAGCUCUGGGUCUCUCGUACAAAGUGCAGUGGCCUUUGCACAUCUUGUUCAGCCCCGCUGUGCUGGAAAAGUACAACAUUGUGUUCAAGUACUUGCUGAGCGUGCGGAGGGUGCAGGCGGAGCUGCAGCACUGCUGGGCCGUGCAGAUGCAGCGCAAGCGCCUCAAAUACAAUGAGACGGACGUGAUCAAGUGGAGAGUGAGGAACCACAUGGCCUUCCUUGUGGACAACCUGCAGUACUACCUACAGGUGGAUGUCCUCGAGUCUCAGUUUUCUCAGCUCCUCCAGCGGAUAAACUCCAUCCGGGACUUUGAAAGCAUACGACUGGCUCACGAUCACUUCCUGAGUAACCUGCUGGCCCAGUCAUUCAUCCUGCUCAAACCGGUGUUCCACUGCCUGAACGAGAUCCUGGAAUUAUGCCACAACUUCUGCUCCCUGGUUAGUCAGAAUCCUGGUCCUAUAGAUGACCGAGGAGCUCCACAAUUAGACGUCCUCGUGACGGGUUUCAGUCGCCAGUCGUCCCUCCUCUUCAAGAUCCUGUCGAGUGUUCGCAACCACCAGAUUAACUCUGACCUGGCCCAGCUGCUGCUGAGAUUGGACUACAACAAGUACUACACACAGUCAGGAGGCACGCUCGGAAGUUUUGGCAUCUGACCAGAGCCUUUGGAGGUGUUGGCUCAUCGCCUUCACCGGCCUGCGGUGCAGCUGACAGGUCCACGGUGUACGGGACCCUUGCCGGCCACGCCUGAGCCACCUGCACUUAUCUCUGGGGAAGCUGCUGCUCCAAGCUUCACCAGAGGGCACGGCUUCACAUCGCAGUGCCUGCUCCUCUAGACACACACCCAGGACUGAGUCUCCCGACACGGUGCUGCUCCCACCGACACAUUCGAUGAACCCAGGACUGAAGUCAGUGUUGGAAGGAACAGCAGACGCUGGUUUACACCGAAGAUAGACACAAAAAGCUGGAGGAUCUCAGCGGGACACCCCUGGAGAAAAGGAAGGGGUGACGUUUCGGGACGAGACCCUUCUUCGGUCUCAUCCCUUCUCUCCAGAGAUGCUGCCUGCCCCGCUGAGUUACUCCAGCUUUUUGUGUCUUAGUUUUCCCUGCCAUUUUACAAACACUCACCGCACAGUUCUGUGCCUGUGUGACCUGCUGUUGCUGAUUCUGAGCAAUCUCUGUUCCCUUUCCUCUUGGACUGAUGUCAUCUCAUCACUCGGCCUCAAAGGAGGCGCAUUGCCAGGUGAGAUGGGAACGGACUGACCCCAGGUGAGAUGGGAACGGACUGACCCCAGAUGAGAUGAACAGACUGACCCAG